UAAAGCAAAGGAUUUUCUCCCCAGAAAUGAGAAGCUAGCUGCCAAGGGCUUCCCCAUGCCCCGGGCCCGCAAGACUGGUACCACCAUUGCAGGGAUUGUGUUCAAGGAUGGUGUGGUGUUGGGGGCAGAUACAAGAGCCACAGAGGGUGACACUGUUGCUGACAAGAACUGCAGCAAGAUUCAUUACCUUCAGCCCAAUAUGUACUGCUGUGGAGCAGGCACUGCCGCUGACCUGGAGAUGACCACUGCCCUCAUGGCUAGCCAGCUCGAGCUCCACCGUCUCAACACCAACCGCCAGGUGCCUGUUGUGGCUGCCAACCGCAUGCUGAAGCAGAUGCUGUUCCGCUACCAGGGCCACAUUGGAGCAGCACUCGUCCUGGGAGGAGUGGACAAGAAUGGUUUUCAUAUCUACUCCAUCCACCCCCAUGGCUCGACUGAUCGCCUGCCCUACACUACCAUGGGCUCGGGAUCCCUAGCUGCCAUGUCCGUCUUUGAGUCUCGCUGGAAGCCUGAAAUGGAGCUGGAAGAGGCCAAGCAGCUGGUUCGUGACGCCAUUGCCGGUGGCGUGUUCAACGACUUGGGGUCUGGCUCCAACAUCGAUCUGUGCGUCAUCACCAAGGAUGGAGCCAACAUGAUCAGGCCUUAUGAUGUGGCUAACAUUAAGGGAGAGAGGCUCGGAAAGUACGAAUACAAGCGAGGGACAACAGAUGCUACCAAGAUAGUGCGACCCAUUAUUGUCGAGUCCCAGACUGUGAAGACGGUGAAAGUGGAAGAAAUGGACACGGCAUAAUAAUGUUAUCAAUAGUAUUAUUAUUUUUUAUUAUUUUUCACAGAAUUUAAACAGAAAACUUCACAGGAAGAGAAUCUUGCCAUUGUCGUCAUAUUCAAAAUGGAUGUGUUUUGCUUGAGUAAAAAUUUGGGUUUUCCAUAUGGCUAAGAUGUAACUGCUCUUAUCAAUAAACAUAUUUGAUAAAU